AGCGGCUGGAGAGGCGUCCUCUGCUCAGCGACUCCGAAGUUCCACGUUUGCAGAGACAGCUGAAGUGACAGUCGCCUGAGUCCGACCAUCCCCCGUCCCACAGCCUCUGGGAUGAUGGAGGUCCCCUCCCCCCCGGGCCAGGAAGGCGGCACAGAGGACAACGAGCCGGACAAGGAGCCCCCCGUACUCUACAGGGCUCGUGGUUCGGACACCCUGGAUACCGCCACAGAAGGAGCGGGGCGCCUCAUAACCUCGGCAGCGCCCACCAGUGUCAAGGGGAGGCCAACUAAGAGGGUGACACGUGGCCCUUUUGUAAAGCUGGCAGACUGUGCCCAUUAUCACUAUGAAAAUGUUAAUUAUGGCCCGAUCCAGCUCGCCCUAUCGGACUCUCGGCCGGAGGACUCCAGCGUCAGCGAACCAGAGGCGGUUUACAUCGUACAGGUCACAUGCCAAAGCCGUUGCUGGUCAGUCCUGCGAAGUUACGAAGACUUCCAAGACUUGGACUCCAAUCUUCACCGCUGCAUAUUCGACCGACGCUUCUCUCAGCUGCUGGAACUGCCCCCUCGUCGGGAACUACCCUCCCAUGAGCAGCUCCUGGCCCCGCUACUUUCCCGCUAUCUGAAGGCUCUCUCUGGAAUUGUGGACAGCAACAUUAACUGUGGUCCCAUACUGAACUGGAUGGAGAUUGAUAAUCACGGUAACCGCCUACUUGUCAACGAAGAGGCGUCCAUCAAUGUCCCGGCCAUUGCCGCAGCUCACGUUAUUAAGCGAUACACUGCCCAAGCCCCGGAUGAGCUGUCUUUUGAGGUGGGAGACAUUGUGUCGGUGAUCGACAUGCCCCCACGGGAGGACACCAGCUGGUGGAGGGGAAAACAUGGCUUCCAGGUGGGAUUCUUCCCCAGCGAAUGCGUCCAGCUGAUCACAGAUAAUAAGAACCCGUCGCCGGCAGCAGGUACCACUGAGGGUGAUGUAAAGUUGGCCAUCUCAUCGCCGCAUGGCUCCAACUCCCCCAGACCAGUCUGCCGGCGGCACGGGAAACUGGCCGGACUACUGCGAAGCUUCAUGGCGUCCAGGCCCAGCAAGCAGCGCCUGCGCCAGAGGGGGAUCCUGCGGGAGAGGGUUUUCGGGACCGACCUGGGAGAACACCUGCUGGACUCCGGAGAGGAAGUACCCAAAGUCCUCGUCUCCUGCACCACCUUCAUAGAGAAGUUCGGGAUAGUGGACGGCAUUUACCGCCUGUCUGGGGUCUCCUCCAACAUACAGAAACUCAGACAUGAGUUUGACAGCGAGCGGAUCCCCGAUCUCUCCCGGGACACGUAUCUCCAGGAUGUACAUUGCGUCAGUUCUCUGUGCAAACUUUACUUCCGAGAGCUGCCCAACCCCCUCCUCACCUAUCGCCUGUAUCACCCCUUUACUGAAGCCAUGUCGGCCACCGGAGAGGAGGAAAAGCUGAUUCGUGUUCAUGAUUUAAUCCAGCAACUCCCACCUCCACAUUACAGAACACUGGAAUACCUGAUGAGGCACCUUUUCCGACUCAGCGUGCAUAGUGACCGCACAGGGAUGCACGCCCGGAACUUAGCUAUUAUUUGGGCCCCAAAUUUGUUGCGAUCUCGGGAUAUGGAGACAGCUGGCACACCUGGAGCAGAUGCGUUUCGUGAAGUGCGAGUUCAGUCUGUCCUGGUGGAGUUUCUCCUGAUCAAUGUGGAGACUCUCUUUAGUGACACCUUCACAUCCAUAGGUCGCUGUGGUCCUAUCCGGCCCCGAUCCCUGCUGGGAGGAUGCCCAACCGGACGUCUCGUCAGCCUGCAGGAGGCCCAGGCACGCAGCCAGAGCCAAAGGGAGGCAGCAGAGAAGCUGGGAGCUGAGAAAACGUCACCCAACAAGCAGGAGAGGGCGCUGGAGAGCAGCGAUGAAAGGAAAGGACCACGUAGUAGGAAGAAGUCAAGCGGUGGAAGCAGCUGGAGAACCUUCUUCGCCAUCGGCAAAAACUCUUCUCAGCAGAAAAAGUCCCGCCUCCGGGAAAGUGCCGCACACCAAAGAGUGUCUGAAACGGUCACGCUACGGUCAGCGAAGAGUGAAGAGUCGCUCUGCUCUCAUACCAGCGGGACGGUGGGAUUUCAUCGGACUUCACGCCUACGCCGGCCACGCUCCACAAGCGACGGGCUCUCCUCUAGACUUCCUCAUUGCCGUUCAGUUGAGAGCUUGGCCCAGUCGACCCCUUCUCCGCCAUGUGUGCCCUCGCCUCCUCCCAACUCUGCCCGGCCCCAGUCUGCAUGGAUUGAGGAGGACUUGGACCUCUCCCCACCUCUUCCAGACACCGAUGGUCUCGGCUUUGACCCCCUCUCCUUCCGACUUUCAUACUCGGAUCAUGAAGAAGCAAAAUCUCCAACCAUGGUCAAGGCGGACAUUACCAGUCAGGCUCCGUCUCAAACCCGGCAGAGCCGGGUGAGUCUUUCUCCCACCGGUGGGUGCUCUCCAUCCCCUUCUCACAGUCCCCCGGAGCGCCUAGUCGCUGCUGUGGAAAGCCAAGGUCCCCGUAGCCUGUCCCCUCCACCACAGAUGUUAUCCUUGCUUCUCAAGUCCUGCCAACUCCGCCUCAACGAGAACUGCUUCCAAGAAGUGAAAGGAAAACUAACGGGGGUUCCAGGCCAAGAAGAACCUUCUGCAGGUGUGACUCUCUCUCCGCAGAAGAACAUAUAUCCUCCAGCUUUGCCCACAGGCCGGCAACUUCCACCUCCUCCACCUCCGAAAGACCCUGCGCGCUUAAUGGCCCUUAAACUAGCGGAGAGCGCCCAGCGUGCGCUUCAGUCUUCUAUGUCCACUGGAACGGUCCCAGCUAAGUCCUCAGUCUUGCGAUCGGCGCCCCCGCACCCGUCUUCAUCUGUUUUCCGACGUUCUUUAUCCAUGGAGUGCAGUGAGAGCACAGUCCUGAAGGAGGGGCCCCUGUAUUCCGAACUGCGACCCCCUGUGGCCACCCAACAUAGACCUCCAAGACCCCAGAUACACAGCACCUUGGUUUCGGGCUCCUCUCCGGUAGACCUUCGAAAGAUGACUCCAGCAGCGGCCCCUCCUUCCCGCGCUCCUCGUCUUCAUACUCGCUCCGGCAGCCUUCCAGCACCACCGAGUGUAUGUAUUCCACGCCCUCGUCCACCACCCUAUCGGUUCCCAGAGGAAGGAUCCAGGCUACCGCCUCACCGUUCGGCUCCACCUUGGCCAGAGCCGGAAGGCCUCUACUACGAGAUUUUGGGUGAUCCUCACAUGGCACCACUUAAUGCCUCUUAUGGGUUAAUUCAAGCUCCUUGGCCCUGCGUGGGUUCCCCUUCCUCCCACCCUCAUUCCAUACCUCCUCCAGGCCUCGGAGGCUGGUAUGGACGACAUCUCCCUCCAGACGCAGAAUUUCUGGGUUAUCAGCGUUGGGACAGAAACCCACCUCCACAUUUACGAUCCUAUGUUGUGGGACCUGGUGGCCCUUAUCAGUACGUUGGCACCACAGAGCAUAGAAGCCAAGGUCCAUUCACAGACUUGACUGCCCGCUCUUACCCGCAAGGGAAAAGGGAAGAGCCUAUUUACGUCAACCUUCCUCCUAAGAUGGACCUCGGGGGGCAUUUCCAGGGCCCCAGGGACUCCACCGAGCUGAAACCGGAACUCCCUCACAAACAGCGCCCCGGCCUGCCGCCUGGCAUCAGUAGGCAUGAAAGUUUUGGAGGGACUCAACCUGCCAAGCAGAAUCCGAACCCCCAGCCCGUACGCAGAGAGGGGUCCCUCAGCUAUUUUCGCCCACCUCCCCUUCCUCACGCAGCCAUGUGGGGCACACAGACUAACUACCCCGAGAACCGAGAGACCCCUAUUAUUACUUACGAGGCUCCUGGCGUAGGGGGGCAGAGAGUGGGCUACUUGCCCCCUCACUGCAUGCUUUCAGAAGGAGGGACCCUUUACGGGAACCUGGAACAAAGGGGGCCACCGCACCGAUCCGGCACGCCAGCUGGGUUUUUAGGCUCCCCAUGGACUGUGCACACGGAAGGACAGACUCGAAGUUACUGUUGAAGAAUAAAACUCCUCUUGCCCCCCCCCCCCCCCCUGUGGUCAAAUCAUUGACCCUUUAAGGACACGGCGCAUAAGAUGGUGACUUCCUGCCUCCUUCUUUUCUUUAUUUUUUUUUUGGAUGCUCCCAUAACGUGGUGCAAAAAUGUGACACUGUGACGUCACCUGUGGUUUUAUGGUGGGCGGGUCCUGGGUUAAAGUUUCACUUAGCUCGAUUUUUUUUUUUAAAGUCUGUCAUCAGUUGGGUGUUUUUUUCGGCAAACUGUUUGAUGUUUUUAUCAUUUUUGUUUAAUUGAAGCUCGUUUAGAACAACGCCUGGCCUUGAGUGAAUUAAUCAGACCCCCCCUCGUAAUAACAUCAACGCUUUUAACGAAUGACCCUUCUCUCUGAUGGCCAAUGAGAGGUCUAAUUAUCUCUGUGUUGAUGGCAAACUUGGAAAUAGGCCCAUUAAUGCCACAUAAACAAAAUGGUGUCUUUUUUUUAUUAUGA